UUGGCCCUCGUGUUGUUACCAGUGUGUGUUGCUUGGAUGCCGCAUCUGAGGCGGCAACCGUCCCAGACAGUGGGUGCCAAAUGCAUGCAGUGCAUAUGCAUGGACUGCUGCACCAGACAUUGAAAGUUGUUGCCAACGCACAACACAAUUCACCCUCCCGGCCCCAGCUCUUAAACUAUCAACGAUCUUGGCAACGAACGCACAAUGAAUUUCACACCUUUUGGCAACACCUUCCCUGGCAACAUAUCCGGUCUGCCGCAGUUUACCACAAGCUCAGCGCCGCUUGUCUCAACGGUAACGGCUGCCGUUGCCGAUGUCACAGUGACGGCAACCAACAACCCGCAGCAGCAACAACAACAACAGCAAGAUGCCGGCGGUGGAGGCGGCGGCAAUAAUCGCUAUCAACAACAACAACAGCAGCAGCAGCAGCAGCAACAACAACAACAGGUAACAACCACAGCCGUAGGCAUGACGCAUUUCAGUCAGCCUUCCAUGUCAGCUGGACAAAGUGGAGCUGCCGGCAAUAGUAAUAAUAAAUUUCGAAGCGGCCAAGAAGAGGCAAUGCAAGGCGAUAAAUAUAACAAUGGACAUUUGGUUGCAUCGUCACAGCAGCAGCAACAACAGCAACCACAAUAUGCCACAGUUGCCUAUGCUCCAACAGCAACGGCGACAAGCACAGCCGAUGCCCUACAAGCGAGCACCUCAGGCCAGCAGCAACAACAACAGCAGCAGCAGCAAAUGCAACAGCAACAGCAACAACAGGUUGCAGCACCCCAAGAACUGACACAGGAUCUCUGCAAUGCCAUACUCCAACAACAAGUGCUACAAAAUACCUCCUGGCAGACACUCACGCCGGGCACCACAGUCGCGGACUACCUCUCACAUCUUCCAGCCAACACAUUGCCCCUGUCACUGCAUCAUUUUCUCAAGUAUUCGGCCGAAACGAUUAAGAAGGAGAACCAACAGAAUGUGGUACUACAAGUGCAAACGGGACCAGCCAUUGGGAUUAAUACCAUUGGCACCACAACCAUUAGCAUACCUCAGCAGGAGCAAUUGCCGCUGCAGCAACAGCAACAGGCCACAUUGCAACAAGCGCAACAGACAGCAGCUGGAGCGACGGCAGUAACGAGUGCUGCAACAGUUGCCGCCAGUGGGUCGACCACGGCGACCGUCACCAAAAAGAAGAAGCGUAAAAAGCGCAACAAAGACCGUAAACCCAAAUUGCGUCCCGGAGAGAUACGUUUAAGUACGGCCCUCGAUGGCAGUCCCCUCUACAUGUGCCCCGAAUGCCAUGUGGCCUAUCCGGAGCCCGAAUUGCUCGAAGUCCAUCUGGUGGGCCAUAAUCUGGAGAAGCGUUACGUGUGCGAUAUAUGCCAAGCGUCUCUCAAACGCAAAGAUCAUCUCACACGCCACAAACAGUCGCAUAAUCCGGAACGGCCGUACAUCUGCACGGUAUGCCUCAAGGCCUUUAAACGGAAAGAGCAGCUCAGCUUGCAUUUUGUCAUCCAUUCGGGCGAGAAGCGGCAUCAGUGUCAGGAAUGUGGCAAGGGUUUCUAUCGCAAGGAUCAUUUGCGUAAACACACGCGCUCCCACAUUGCCCGCCGUGUCAAAGCCGAGCUAAAUAGCCAUGUGAGGCGUGAGAAUGGCACGAGUAUGUUGCAACCUGUCGUCACGGAGGCAACAACAGCUGCCCUGCAACAUGCCAAUCAGUUGGCCAGCCAGCAGCAGCAAUUGCAACAGCAGCAACAACAGCAGCAGCAGCAACAACAACAGCAGCAACAUCACAUCGUUAUUGCCCAGCAGCAGCAGCAACAGCAGCAACAACAGCAGCAGCAACAACAACAACAACAG